GUGUUGAAGCUGAAACGGAACCCGUGAGGUCUAGAGCUGCCUUUCAGUCUUUGGAAGAUGCGGAAGUGAUCGCUUUUUCGCCGGUGCCACGGCUAACCUCUACAGCGGUCUGCACCCUCACUGGGGUGGGGUCCGACCUGCCUCGUUCCCAGGUCCUUUAGCUCCUGUCUCGAAAAGGCGGCCUCCUGUUACACGAUGCCCUCGUUCGGACUCCGGCACAGGAGGGCCUGGGCUUCACUGUUUAGCCAGCUCCUGCGACCGUCCGGUCUUGUGUGCAUCAGGGAGGUACAUUUUCAUAGUCAGGUUUCAGAGGCAGUGCUAACGUCCCAACUGAAAGCACAUCAAGAAAAAUCAAAUUUUAUUAUUAAGACACCAAAGGGCACCAGAGAUCUUAGUCCCCAGCAGAUGGUUAUAAGGGAGAAAAUUCUUGAUAUGGUGGUUGGCUGCUUUAAACGUCAUGGAGCAAAGAGAUUAGAUACUCCAGCAUUUGAACUUAAGGAAAUGCUCACUGAGAAGUAUGGAGAGGACUCUGGGCUAAUCUAUGAUCUGAAGGAUCAAGGUGGAGAGCUGUUGUCCCUGCGCUAUGACCUUACUGUUCCUUUUGCUCGUUAUCUCGCUAUGAAUAAAGUGAAGAGGAUGAAACGCUACCAUGUUGGAAAGGUGUGGCGGCGAGAGAGCCCAACCAUAGUCCAAGGUCGCUACAGGGAGUUCUGCCAGUGUGAUUUUGACAUUGCUGGUCAGUUUGACCCUAUGAUCCCCGAUGCAGAGUGCUUAAAGAUUAUGUGUGAAAUCCUAAGUGGGUUGCAGUUGGGGGACUUUCUCAUUAAGGUCAAUGAUCGGCGGAUUUUGGAUGGGAUGUUGGCUGUCUGUGGUGUUCCUGAAAGCAAGUUCCAUGCCAUCUGCUCCUCAAUAGACAAACUAGACAAGAUAUCGUGGAAUGAUGUAAGACAUGAGAUGGUGGCAAGGAAAGGCCUGGCUCCUGAAGUGGCUGAUAGAAUUGGUGACUAUGUUCAAUGUCAUGGUGGGGUAUCCUUAAUAGAGGAAAUGUUGCAGGAUUCUAGACUAUCCCAGAACAAGCAGGCCCUAGAGGGCUUGGGGGACUUGAAGCUGCUAUUUGAAUACCUGACUUUAUUUGGAAUUGCUGAGAAGAUCUCUUUUGACCUAAGCCUAGCUCGGGGACUGGACUACUAUACUGGAGUGAUCUACGAAGCAGUGCUACUACAGACCCCAGCUCAGGCUGAGGAGUCCCUCAAUGUGGGCAGUGUGGCUGCUGGUGGACGCUAUGAUGGGUUGGUGGGCAUGUUUGACCCCAAGGGCCACAAAGUGCCGUGUGUGGGGCUCAGUAUUGGAGUGGAGCGAAUCUUCGCCAUUUUGGAACAGAGGAUAAAGACUUCUGGUCAGAAGAUACGGACUACAGAGACCCAAGUGUUUGUGGCUACACCACAGAAGAACUUUCUUCAUGAACGGUUGAAGCUAAUUUCAGAGCUUUGGGAUGCUGGGAUCAAGGCAGAGCUGCUGUAUAAGAACAACCCGAAACUACUAACUCAACUGCAUUACUGUGAGCACAUGGGCAUUCCAUUGGUGGUCAUUAUUGGUGAGCAAGAACUUAAAGAAGGCGUAAUCAAACUUCGUUCAGUGGCCAGCAGGGAGGAGGUGGCCAUUAAACGGGAAAAUCUUGUGGCUGAAAUUCAGAAGAGACUGUCUGAGUCUUAAUCCUUGCCUGCUUGCCAUCUGCUGCUCUUUCUAGAAGGUGUUUCUUCUAGGACUGAGUUCCUGAUGGACUUCACAACUGCUGGCCAGGAUGAGUGACAAGUUCCUUUGCCUCCUCCAUCCUUUCUGG